UUGUAUCGUUUUGUGUCUUCUUUUGGGUUUAUGGAUUCGUCUGGUGAAGAUAAACGGGAGCACCACGAGGAGGAGAAAAGAGGAGACGAGACAACUUCUGUGGUGGAUGUAAAUCUCAUGGUGGUGCUUCUCUCUCAGCUUUGUACGACGAAUAACGAAGACGAGAAGGGUUUGGAGAAAGAGAGAAGAGACCAUGCUGCACACGCGGCUCGUGAAUCUAGAGCACGUGCAAACAAGAGGUUUAUGAAGGACACAAAGCUGAUGGAGAAAAGGACGCACGUGCUUCAGCCCAUGGCUAAGGAAUUCAGGCAUUACAGGAAAAUGUGAAGAACGUGACUAUUCUUGUGAUUGUCCCAGAAGCUGAAAACAAUCAUAUUUUAUGUAUUGCAAUCAAAAUUUUGUUAUAUAUUGAGCAUUAUGUGAAGAUGCAUGGAAAACAAAUUAUAAAGAGAUUUUUUUUUAUAAAAAAAAAGACUUUUAAAGCAAUAUUUCACUUUGUAAAUAAGAUAUAUCCAAUCUUUGUAUCACUACAUAAGAGAUGGAAAUUGGAAAUUCAUCUUAUUAACCUUGGAUUGUAUUAUAUUUGCUCUGAAGACACAAGUCAUAACGC